AUGACCAGGCGCGCGCCGAAAUUACGGAUCUCGACACUCAUAUGUACUAGAUCUCUCUUCCCCAGCACUCAGCGUUCAUUUAUUCCACGCAAAGACAAAGCCAUCUUCAGCGCAUCGUCUCUACUCUCAUCAUCGCAAUAUCGACCAUUCUCUUCCACUAUUCCCCGCUCGAACAAAUUUCCAUUCAGCGGUUUGCCUGAUCGUGGAGGCUUCCAUUUGAAGCAAACUCCUGCCAAUGAACUCCUCUGUCUUGAAUGGCAUCAGCCUCCUCGGAACAUCCUGUUGAUCAAAAAGGACUGCUCAGACGAUGCUACCGACGCACUCAAAGAGUUCGCCAAGCAUGUCACCUCCACCUAUCCAGACGUCAAUAUAUUGGUUGAGCCACAAGUAGCGGCAAAUCUAGGCCGCGACUUACCAGCUCAAACAUUCACCGCGGCGAACAACACUCAAUCCGCAAAAGAAAUCCACCGGAAAGCAGACUUGGUCGUCACCUUCGGAGGUGAUGGCACCAUUUUGCACGCUGCUUCUUUGUUUGCAACCUCAGAUAAAGUUCCCCCAAUUCUCUCAUUCAGCAUGGGCACCUUGGGUUUCUUGGGAGAGUGGAAGUUCAGUGAACAUAAACGAGCUUUUCGCGAGGUAUACAUGUCCGGAUCUGCUUCUGAACGUCAGGCUCUCAUCGAGAAUAAAGAUCCCGACUUGCCAGAAUCAAAAAGCCAUUUCACGGGUUGGUCCUCUGUAAGGGGCAAGUCAAUGGGCUCAACAAGAAGUGCUCGAAUCUUGGUACGACAGCGUCUCAAAGUCGGGGUGUUUGAUGCCCAAGGCAAUCGAUUGAGCAACAACGGGGAUGUUUUGCAUGACAUGCAUGCCAUGAAUGAGGUAAUCUUGCAUAGAGGGCGAGAUCCACAUCUUGCUAUUGUCGAUGUGUAUGUGGGUGGCCGCUUUCUCACCGAAGCUGUUGCCGAUGGUAUGAUUAUUUCCACCCCCACUGGUAGUACUGCGUACAGUCUCAGCAGUGGUGGUAGUAUCAUUCAUCCACUGGUGUCUUCUCUACUAUUGACUCCAAUAUGCCCAAGAAGUCUGAGCUUCAGACCGCUUGUCUUGCCAGCAACAACACCUAUUACUCUGAAAUUGAGUGAAAAGAAUCGUGGUCGAGAGGUUGAAGUCAGUGUUGAUGGUGUAAGACGCACAGAUGGUAUUGGCGUUGGCACUGAACUCCGGGUCUCAGGCGAGACUGUGAGGAGCGAAGCCGGGAUUCUCACAGGUGGAAUACCCUGCAUCAUGCGGCGAGUUAAUGCUGGUGCUGAUUCUGAUGAUGGCUGGGUGGGGGGUCUGAAUGGGUUGUUGAAGUUCAACUAUCCUUUUGGUGAGGAAAGUUGA